AUGCAUGUUCUACGCCGGUUACGUUCUCUUGUUUUCACAACCAGGCAAUCCCAUGACGUAGACCGUCAACUCAUGAACCAUUCCAAUACCCUUGCCUCUCCGCGACCCGCCACCGAAAUACUUCCUUCCGUGUUUAGGGAACUGCCAUGCGACAUCCUUCGACUUGUGUUGGAAGCCUCGGCAUGGAACAGCAUAUAUUUCGACCGACAGCAUGUCGUGAAUCUACUCGUACUGUCGAAAGAAAUCAACACAUGGAUUGGCUGGAUUGCUUACCACACCAUUGUUCUCAACCCUGCUAAAGUGGAUAAGUUUGUCAGCUUUGCCCAGAGCCGCGACCCCGAGUUUUUCAAGCCACGCGUAAAGGUACUCGCGCUGACAGGGUCCAAGUUGUCCGCAACAAAGGAAAUGGAGGCUGUUAUCAGAGACAGGCUUCAGGGCCUGCACACUUUCCAUUAUUCGUGCAUUCUUUCUCCCUUUAUCUACAUGGGACCCUCGCUUCGAUUGUCGUGGAUGCCAAACCUCCAAUUUUUGAGCCUUCCAUGGCGACUCUUGGCCGCACAGGACGCGGGAGACAUCGAACAGUUGGCGCAGGGGCGAAUAACUCACGUGCAUCUCCACUUUGAAGCGACAGAUCUGGGGAGAGACCUUGACGGCAAACUACGCUCGACGCUGGCAAAAUUCAUUUGUGUCACUCAUUUGGCACUGGACAGAUACACAGACGACUUGCUCCAGUGGCUUCAUACGGACGAUAUGCGACACGUAGAAAUAAUAGUGGUCUUCGUCACAACUGUACCACCACCUACAUUUCCUUCAACAUUCACCAAACUUAAAACACGUCCAGUAAACCACAUUUACAGCUUUGGGCCUUUCUUCAACCGAACAAUAGGGCAUAUAGAUUUCUUUGUAGACACACCCUCAUAA